UUUUUUUCUUUUUCUUUUUUUUACUUCUCUCCCUCCCUAUCUAAACUUCUCUCUAGAACAUUAACAAUUGAUUGAGUGAUGAUGCGCAUAAAGAAAGAUGAGAGAGAGAGAUGGAAAAAGAGGGUGUUUGGGUUUAGCAAUUCUUGGUAGCUAGCUAGCUAUCAUUCCACAGAAUUUCUUGUUUAUUGUUUCUUGAUAAUGGGUUCAGAGGUGGAUGAAGUAGCAUUACUGAACAAGCACAAAGAUGGAGUCUUUUGUACUCGAAGGAGACAAAAAUGGCUUCCAUAAUUCCACACUAGUCCUCUUCUUUUUUCUCUGUAAAAAAAAUUUUCUUUUAGUUUGCUGUAUGUACCUCUAAACACCAAAAGAAUCCAAGCAAAAAGCAUAUUAUAUUUAUAUAAAGGCCGGGGUGACCUGCUCUGAUAUGAUCUGAUCUAAAUUUGUGAACCACUUGGUACUCUACUGAUCAAUUAUCUACAGCUAGCCAUGAAGAGGUCACUUGAUAGCUCUGAUUCCUUGGGUGCUUUGAUGUCCAUCUGUCCAACCACCACAGAUGAGCCGAGCCAUGUGUACUCGAGGGAAUUCCAGACGAUGCUGGAGGGGCUUGAAGAAGAGGAAUCAGGAGGGGGAGGGGCAAUGACGGAGAAGAAGAGGCGUCUGAGUGUGGAGCAAGUGAAGGCUUUGGAGAAGAACUUUGAGGUGGAGAACAAGCUGGAACCGGAGAGGAAAGUUAAGCUGGCUCAAGAGCUUGGCCUGCAGCCUAGACAGGUGGCUGUUUGGUUCCAGAACCGCCGUGCACGGUGGAAGACGAAGCAGUUGGAGAGAGACUAUGGUGUCCUCAAAAACAACUACGAUUCCCUCAAACAUAAGUUUGAAGCUCUCCAACAUGACAAUGAAGCCCUCCUCAAAGAGAUCGGCGAGCUGAAGGCGAAGCUGGAGGGAGAAAAUGGAGAGAGCAAAGUUACGGUGAAGGAAGAGGCGGUGGAGUCGGAGAGCGACAACAACACCAAUUCUCUACUACUGAGACAAGAAGACGAAACAGAGCUCAACCUCGAGGAUUUUAAUGGCGGAGGCGGUUUAGUGACCGCCUCACUUUUCGCCGACUUCAAAGACGGUUCAUCGGACAGCGACUCCAGCGCCAUCCUGAACGAGGAUAACAGCCCCAACGCCGCCUCUACCGGCGCCAUCUUGAUGAUAUCAAACGCCUCUUCCUCCUCUUUCUCCUCGCCGCCGUCAAUCAACUGUUUCCAAUUCUCGGAGAAUCCAAAGGCGGCGGCGGCCGCCAUUCUCGGCGAUGUUUGCGGGAAGGCGGCGGCGGCGGCGUAUCAGCCGCAGUUGGUGAAGAUCGAGGAGCAUAAUUUCUUCGGAGGCGGCGACGACGACUCGUGCAGUAGUCUGUUCUCCGACGAGCAAGCUCCGAUUCUCCAUUGGUACUCGCCGGAGGACUGGAAUUGCACCACCUCAUCGUGAUCAUUAAGAUCCAAGGAAAAAGAAGAAAUAAGAGAAGAAAAAACAAAUUAAAAUUGUAAAAUGAAAAAUUAAUGAUGUGAAUUGUGGUGCAUGUGUAUUGUAGAAACAAAAAAAAAAAAAAAGAUGUCUUGGUUCUUCAAUUCAUAAUCAAUCAUAGGUAAAGCCAAGAAUGAAGAUUGAAGAUGAGGAGAGAUAGAUGACAGAAAUGGCAGGCGGAGUUCACGUGGGGCGUAGGGGUGAGUGGGCCAGGGGGAAGAGAGAGAAAAGUGGGAUGAAUUGCAGGCAAGGAGGGGGAGAGGCGAGGGAGGAAGGAAGGAUAUGAUAUGAUGAUUAGAUAGUCAUUUGAAUCUCUCUUUUAUCUUUUCACCGUCCAAACAGACGAAACAAAGAAAUCAUCCCUUCCUGUAAUAAUGCUUAUAAAGGUGGAUCAUCUACACCCAUGCAUCCAAUAAUUACACCAUCGUUUUUUACUAA